ACUCCAGGUCAGGACCCUCCAAACAGGAUUUACCCCAGGAAACCCAUGACCUGAGGACAGGCUGUCAGCAAAAUGUCUCCUGUUGCAGAUUCCCGUGGAUGCCCCCAGUGGCAGGGGACCCCUCUGAAAGUGGCCUACACGGUGAUCCUCAUUCUCCAGGUAGCGAUGUUGGUGCUGAUUUGUUUAGAGCUGCAUCUGGACACAGAUCUCACCCUCAAUUGAUUAUUGGCUCGGGUUGCGCAUUCCAAGCCCUGGGAGCAAAUGGACCUGGGUGGACGGCUCUGCCCUUGAGUGGAACCUUGACCCAGGUCUGGCAAACCCACCCUGAGCCGGGGGCAGGAAGAUGCAGGAUGAAGAAGGCUACACAGUGCUCCAGCUCCGGGCCAAGCAGAAGGCAUCUUUCUGCCCACCUCCAGAUUCCCAUGGAUCCCCUCAGAGGCUGGGGAUGUGGAUGGGGAUCCUCCCGAAAGUGGCCUACACUGUGAUCCUGAUUCUCCAGAUAGUGGUGUUGGUACUGAUUUGUUCAGUUCUCAUUCAAAUGAAAGGGAUGAAAAGUCAGGCAGCAGAAUCAGGAAAUGUGGCACAAAGCAACAACUGCCUCGAGAAAGGUCUGGGAGGAAAGUCCAUUUCAACAGCAACACCCAGGGUGAAAACAUGCCCAGCAGACUGGAAGUGGCACCAAGGGAAAUGCUAUUGGAUUUCUAAGACCGAAAAGAAAACUUGGAAUGAGAGCAAAGUAAACUGUACACAAAAGCACUCAAAUUUGGCAAUGAUUCGGGACAUGUGUGAUCUGGGUUUCCUGUGGUCGCAGAUCUCAUAUGCAGGUUAUUUCUGGGUUGGGCUGCACAUUCCCAGCCCUGGGAGCAACUGGACAUGGCUGGAUGGCUCUGCCCUCGACUGGAAACUGUUCAAGGUAAAAGGCUCAGACAAGGGCACAUGUGCUGUGCUCUCAAAGGAUGGGAUUUAUCCCGAGGACUGUAACAAUACAAGACCCUGGAUCUGUGAGCAGUAGUAUGGCCCGCUGAGCCCCAGCGAGGUUCCUGUUCUCUGCCUCUGUGACUGUUGGAGUCACACAGGCAACAAAUGCCCUCCCCCUGAACCCUGAUGUCCCAGCAAGCCCCAGGGCUUGGGAGAGGCGAUGGGGACUGUCCUCUGGGAUCUUUCUUUUCAUUCUGUAGCUGAUCAAGGAAAAUGAUUAAGGACACAGAGUAUCCCAGCAGAAGGAGAGAAUUUAGUUUCCACCCUUAUCCUUCCUCCUUCCCUCUUGGUAUCAGCAAGAGGUGGCUGAAUCCCGAGGAAGAGGACCGUCCCACUCCUUCAAUCCAGAUGGAAUUCUAUUCAACCAUUUCUGUGCAUACGGGUGGAAAUUAAAGAGACACAUCUACCCCAAGAGCAUUGGAGGCUGUAUGACAAAGAAUUAGAGGUCAUGGAUCUUGCCUCUGGCUAACCGUGCAAACCUUAGAAGCUUCAUGUUCAUCCUUGAAGUGGCUCCAUGUUACUCAAGUUUCCCCUAGUUCAGCACAGCUCAUUCAGGAACUCUAGAUUGAGUUGGUAGAAUUACUCUCUGGAAUUACUGACAUAUUAUUGGUGCUAUGUGACUAGCCUGUCCCAAGGUGAAAUGAAGCCAAAACAAUAUUUGCAGUACAAAGGUUAUCUUUUCUAAACACCCAUUCCUCAUACAGAUGUGAACAAUGAAACAUGUUAAUUGAAAACUUACAAAAAUUAAACUGAAUCGAAAACAA